UUCACGCGCAGUGGUGGGAACACUACGCCUUUUUGCUUCCACUUUCUCCUCUCGUUUUACCGGAGGCAUGAAAAGGCGUCAGGGUAGAUGCAGCUCGGUCCUGGGAUGGAGCGGUACAAAGUCAAGGACUCUAUCUUCUCUUACCUACCCUCUAUAUUCGUUUUAUGGACUCGGUUGUGUUCGUUCUUGUUUUUGGUUCCUUGAGAUGAAGAUACAGAACAUACCUCGUCACACAUGAGUUUCGUGGUGUAUAUAUGGGUGGUGCCCCUAGCAGGAGGAUCCGUCAGCUGGGCUGUGAAGAUGGGCUUCGUUGGCAAUGGGCAUAGCGGAGCGCGGGGAGAAGCGUGCGUUCUUUGGGGUUGUCUGCGGAGCCAGGUGGAUUUGACUGGCUUUUUUUUCUUAAUUCUUUUUAUUUUCUUUUUUCGGUUCGGGCUGGCUGACUGUGGGUUUUGGUUGGGCUGGGUUGGUUUUGUGUAUCAAAGUAAAGUUAAUUCAGCCGAGUUGAAUACUUGGAAUUAUCUGUGUGGGCUGUUUCUUGUUGUUGACGGCCUACAUGGAGAAUUUUGGGACAGGCGGAAAGACAGACGCAACUGAGCCAGAAAUGAAAAAGGGGGGAAGGGGGGAGACGAAAAGGAGGGCGAGAAAAAAACAUACAACACCGAGGAUUCCCCAGUCGUCACCGACCUGAGUACUAGUUCGGCGGUCGGUAGCUUGUCGAGGGGAGAGCGGACGGGAUCCCGAAUUUUCUACCGCCUAUGGUCGUAUGUGCUUGGUGGAAGCGGAAGGGGGGUUGAUGUGGCGGCUUGGCGGUGAUGGUGUUGGCUCUGGUGUUGGUCCGUGUUCGCGAAAUUGGGUAGAAGGUGAUAGGGAGUAUAGUGGGAACUGAAGG